AUUUGGAGCUGCACUGUCUUUGUGCAUAAACCAUUUUAAUUUCGUGAAAAUGAUUUCUGUUUUUUUGAGAAAGAAAAAGGAUAAAAAGAAGGGAGAACUAUAUAGCAACAUUGAACGUACAUACCAUAAUGAAGAACCGGAAUAUCAAAAGCUGGUUGGAAUAUUCAGAGGAGAUAUUCGACUUCGUUUGAUCCCAAAACAAAUUUUGCACUUGCUGUUUUUAAUUGAUGAAAGGGAAAAGGAUAAAAUAAGAAAAAUUGGAGAUAUCGAUCCAGCACUUGCGACAGACUUACUUUUGGACAGUAUAAAGUCUUCACCAGACCCAGGCAGAUGGCGAGAAUUCCUAAAUGCUCUUGAGAAAACCAAAUUCACAUGUCUGCUGAAGAAAAUAAGACGCCAUGAAAUUGUCGAUGACACGGAACAAAGGAAAUACGUAUCAAUUAUGAUGCCGCAGCUUCGAGAAAUGAUUAACCCUCGAGAAAUAAUGGCACAUCUUUUGAGCCAUGACCUCUUGAUAUCGGACGACAAGGAAGAAAUAGAAUGCGUGAUGUCCAACAAAGGAGCCAUUGAAGCUUCGGAAUUAUUAUUGGAACGGGUUUCCGGGAAACAUCCGAAUUGGUAUGGAAUUCUUACAAAACUGCUUCUAAAGCAUGGACACAAAGGUGCUGGAGAUAUGCUUAAGGUCGGUUUUCGGGAAGAACCUACAACCACGCAAAGGUAUCCACCUCGUUCUCAGUCAGACUCAGAGUUAAUGCGAACCGGGAAAAAAUCAACUACAGCGACAGAAGGAGCUAAUAAAAGACCUACAACACAUUUAGAACAUGGCUAUACCGAUUAUGCAUUGCGAACAUGUACUGAUGAAGAGGAUGAUGAACGGAUAUACACGGCUAUCGACGAUACUGAACUUGAUGUAAAACCUGAAGUACAAUUCACUGGUGGAGCAACUUGUUCAGAGGAAGAUAGCAAAUGUACUUACGGGCUUACACCUGCCGAGGUCUACGAAUAUGAAGAUACCGAUUAUGAUGAUACAGCGAAUGUUGAAGAGGAUAAAAACAAAAUAACACAGAAAUACAGAUCAAGAUCACCACCCUUGUUACCAUUGUUACCACCUCGUAGACCAAUAGUGACGACACCGGAUCUGGUGCCCCCUACUUUUCCAGAUGACUAUGGAGACAUUUAUGAAGGAUUUGAUUAUGUGCAAGUUGUAAAGCAAUACGAUCCGAAAUAUACACUAGAAGAAAACAGAAAUUGUUAUAAACUUGAUGGAGGCAUUCACAAAUCAUUGCCAGACAGAAACGUACCAACGAGACUGCUGAGGAAAAUGCGCGAUGAGGUAAAACCUGAAGUACAAUUCACUGGUGGAGCAACUUGUUCAGAGGAAGAUAGCAAAUGUACUUACGGGCUUACACCUGCCGAGGUCUACGAAUAUGAAGAUGAAAGUUUUUACCUGCAUUGUUAUUCUCGUCACCUUGGCGCCAAAAGUCGUACAACUAACACAGAACUUUGUUCUGCAUAUUCGACUCAGACCGAUUAUGAUGAUACAGCGAAUGUUGAAGAGGAUAAAAACAAAAUAACACAGAAAUACAGAUCAAGAUCACCACCCUUGUUACCAUUGUUACCACCUCGUAGACCAAUAGUGACGACACCGGAUCUGGUGCCCCCUACUUUUCCAGAUGACUAUGGAGACAUUUAUGAAGGAUUUGAUUAUGUGCAAGUUGUAAAGCAAUACGAUCCGAAAUAUAGCGGCCAGCACUCCCUUAAAGUCGGAGAUGUGUAUCGCAUUCAAAACCCUCGACUAGGUGGGGAUGACGAUGGCUUCUAUCGUUCGAUAGAGGGCAAAUUAAUUCCUCAAGACAAUGUGAAAAUAUUUCACAAGAAACCAAUACCCACGCCGAAAAAGAGGACCUCCUUGGCUAAUGAAGAUAGCGGUUACAUGCAAACUCCAAAACCCGAUAAACAAGCGCCUCCUUCAGAUCAAUCACAUCAAAACGAUACUGGCAAAAAGUCCGACAGAGAUCUGCUGAUGAAUCUAUUAGAAGCAAACAAAAAUAUAAUGGAAUCCCAAAAAGAGAUCAAGUCGUCAAUUGCAGAGCAUCAGAAAAUACUGAAUGUAGUGUGUGAAACACCUAUUUACCAAGAUUAUUACAAUUCAAAACUGACAGGGGAAUGCCAGCGACCACCAACAGACGAUAAUUACGACAACUGCAAAGACGAAGACGAAGACGGUUAUUUGGUAGCUGACCCAGGCGAAUGCAUACGACCACCAACAGACGAUGUUUACGAAAUCUGCAAAUACAAAAACGAAGAACGUUAUUCGGAAGCUGAAUCAGGCCCAGUUGUUCCUCCCCGAGAUGACAAUGGAGAGGAAUCUGAUCAUUAUACCGAAGCAGACGAAGAUGGAAACUCGACACAGCAACACAACAAACAAUUUUUAAUGCAUCAACUGUGAAGUGGACAUUUGGAAAUGGUGAAACUUGAUUUCCUUGAAACUCCUUUUUCAUUAAUCAAUGCAUACGAUAGAGUACUAUCCAGGAAACAUUAUCAGUUUUACUUCACAUGAGUAAUUUAAACAUUGUUUAAUACACGAGUAAGUAUGUGUGUAAACAUGAUAAUAGGUUUUGGCUUUGUUCGAUUAAAUUUUUAUUUUGCUAAUAGAGGCUCUAUCGUAAAUUGUCAAAAAGGCAACAUUUGGGAAAAAAUCUUGCAUAAAUGCAAGUUUUGCAAAUUGUAAGUAUCAUUAAUACUGAAUAUAAAAAACUGGUACAAUACAGGAAAUGCCAAUGUAUGUUCAAACCUUGUCUAUACAGUCACUGGGAUAAGAGUGAGGUUGUGCACACAAACUGGUUUAAACCACCAGUAAAUUUAAAUUUUACUGACCGUUCCAAGGCGGUACCUAACAAUCCUUGAUAAACAUACCUAGUUGUUUAUAUAUAGUAUGUAUGCAAUGUGCUAUUUGUGGAGUUUUGUGCUGUUCUUCCAUGUUUCUUGUUUGUGAUGUUUUUGUGUUCUAUGUCUUUAGCGUUUACCCAGUGCCAUUAAACUGGGUUUAUGUUUAAACAUUUUGCUACUGAGCUUGUUUCUGUAGUUUUUCACAUAAGUGUUUGAAUUGAGUAAGUUACAAGAUUAAUAUAAAAAUAGAAGGCCGCGUAUGUACAAUAAUGUUUCAGAUAGUAUCACGUGGUAAAAUUGCAUGUGCUUGUGCUAAAUAUGUAACUUGAUUCAGUGCUGAUUAUGUUUGCUUAAAUGUAGGUAUGUUUUGAGAUAAUCAUAACUCUGGAACAGGACUGUUGAAUAUAUUGUUUUAACAGUUAUAAUGUUGAUUUUAUUGGUAUAACAAUUUCGUGUACACCUAUGAAAACGUAACUUAAAAUACAUCGUCGCCCGUUUGUGUUAUUUCACAUUCUGAACAAUUAUUGCUGGAUUUUAUUGUUAAAUCCUUAUUCGUCGUAUAACAAAACAGUUCGUAUGUAUCGAUUAAUUGAAGAAAUGCAUGAAUAACGUCUAUAUUUGUAUGGGUAUGUUGACAUGGCCAAGAAGUUAAAGAUUCAAAAAAUUAUAGAGGUAUACAUGCAUUUCUUCAAUUAAUCAAUAAGGAAUUUUUUUGUAAUAUGUCAAAUAUGUAUUUUAAAAAGAUUAUAUUACAUAGUCAAUACUAUACGAACAGGCUGUAGUAUAAUCUCGCAGUAAAUGCCCCUGUAAAAAAACGCAUAUUUGUAAUCCUACGUGUCAUUUCGUCAGAGUAGUCUGUCACUGGUAUAUGUUAAAGGCACUGACACGUUUUGCAUCAAAGGAUUCCAGUAUUAUAUCUCAGCCCCGAAAGCUUUUUUGAGACUUUGUUAUUGGGAAAGUAGCAUAUGAGUAUCUCUAGCAGAUAGACACGAUGUUUUACACAAUUUCAUUUGUUUUGGCUUAGAAAUAACACCAUCUUAGCUGAAUCGACUUAGACAUUGCCAUGUAUCAAGGAAUUGUCCUUCCAAGUCCUCAGUUAAAAUAAUACAUAUCUCCAUCUGUACCUGUCAACUCUUCAUACACGUGUUUUGAAUGAAUUUAAAUUCAAAUUUGAUUCAGAAGUGCUUACACCAUUUCACAGUCCAAUUAUUUACCAGUGUUUGUGAGGUAUACUAUCUCAAAAUUGAAUAAAACUUUCAUUACGAUUUUUUAUGGGUUUUGUAGAUACAAACAUAAGUCGACGAAUAUGAUAAUUGGGAUCUCUGACUCAGUUGGCAAAAUUUAUUAUGGAAAAUAAUUUCUUACAGAACGUUUUGAAGUGCCAUCGUAUCUUAAUGAUAUAUUUUGUUUCUUGUGACCGAACAGAACCUUUACCAACCAAAUGUAUAAAACUGCUAAAUACUCCUACGAAAUGCUUAUUGAUUGGGAAAUAUUUAUCCAGUUCUUACAAUUAACCAAUCAAAUUAUUUUCAUGUGCAAAGCUGUGGGCAGCUAUAAAAUCGACUGCUUGGUCAAAGACCCCUAUCGCAGAACUAGCAACAGUUAUUUAGUUUGUGACAUGUCAUUUAUUUCCUUUUGUAUCGAUACAUUCCAUGGUGAAGAUGAUUAAAAACUCUUUGAUGUUGUAUGUCCAUUAUUAUACCAAUUAUUUGCAUAGUCGUUAUUUGCAUGUGUAUUAAAGAUAUCCAUAUUUUGCUUAAUAUGUUCUAUCAGUUUUGCAACUUCAUUUGUUUUAUAGAAAUGGAUUACUUCUUAUAAUUAAAUUUUACUUUUCGUAUGCAUUGUGAGUACACGUUUGACAAAACUGAAUUCCCAAUUUCAAAAUGCGGUUUUUAUUUGUAAUAAUGUUUUCUUUUUUAGUUCCCAGUUUUAGUGCAAUGAUGCUUUUCAAUAUGAAACCAUAUGAUCACACAGUUUUAAACCUGUUAUUUUCUAAAGCAGACGUGUGAUGUUUAUAGUUUCAAACAAUAACUGCAUCGUAUCAUUGAAAAGAUUUGCAUUGAAAGAGGUACUCUGAAUUGUAUUCCUUCGUCUACAGAGUCAGGGUCCCUAAUCAUCAGUACUUGAGGUUAACCUAUUAGUUUAUUAUAAUUUGUUUUCUUAUUAAGUUUUUUCAAUUUCAUGCAUAUUUUGAUAAGAUUUACCUUUUACGUUUGUACUUUAUUCCGGAUUGUUGGAUAAGAGUGAGGUUUGAACUGGUAAACUGGUUUGAACCUCCAGUUAAAUGUUGAAACUGAAAAUCAUUCUAAUAAAUUAAUUGGCCUGAGAA